CACCACUUACUUCGAUUCAUAUUAUUUUCUGCCUUGUUAGCUACAUUGAAAGCUAAUUAUAUUAGUCAUUCAUCUGACGAUGGUGAAGAUGAGGCAACGACAAACGGCUCAGUUAUUCGAGAACUCAUCAAGCGCGUAGAAGUUCUCGAUGCACGUGACAGGAGGCAAACGCAAGACAUUGAGAAGCUUGAAAGGGACCAUAAACAAGAGAUGGAUGAACUUAAGCAAGAACUUGCCAAUCAAAAAGAUGAGAUUGCAGUCUUACGGAAGAAAAACACUGGACAAGAUCACCUGUUGUCCAAUUUAAUGCGACGUAUGAAACCGCGUGCAGGGACUCUGGCAACAGCCCCAGAAGUAACCAAAGACGAGGGUCAGCAGACGACAUUUGAAGUUAAUAGAAUACGCCGAGCCGACAACGAAGUGCCGGUUGCUUUUACUGCUGGACUCACGCACAGUGUCCUUCAUGCUGGUGCACACCAGAAUAUAGUCUUUGACCACGUGGAAACCAACAAAGGUAACGGCUACAGCCCUCAUCAUGGCGUGUUCACUGCGCCAGUUUCGGGUCUCUAUGUUUUCUACACAUCCAUUCUCGCUUACAACGAUCGUGAAGUUUGGUGUCAAAUGGUCGUAAAUGGCGUGAAUAAAGCAUCCGUGUACGCACGGGGCACAGACAAUCGACAUGACCAGGGAAGUCAAGUUAUAAUAAUUCAGCUUCAACAAGGUGAUGACAUCUCUGUUCAAAAUGUAGCGGCUGAUGACGCUAUUUACGGUGACGGGACAAUCUAUUCAACAUUUUCCGGAUUUCUUCUUCAGCAAGAUUUUUCUGAAGCCGGGACCGUUGUUGGAUGAUUGAAAUGCAAUGCACCUUUAAGUUAUGAGUACAUUAUACAGUUAUGAGUAAAAAUUGUUCUUUUUA